GCAACGGAAUGUCUCAGUCACGUAUUGAUUUGAAUUCCCAAAAGACCACCCGGAUGUCUUCAAUUCAUAUGACUGUUGUUGAUGGAGAUACUGUUUCCAAUAACAAUUUGACUGUAGAAAAAGACCAUCAAGAAGAUGAAAAAAAUAGUAUUGAUCCUUCAACAGGAAGUGGACCUAUUUUAAUGUCUUUGAGCUUGUUGUUCAUUGCCGUGCCUCUUGUAAUAUUUGGAUCGGGAUGGGCCAACAUUGCAUUUCAAGACAAUGUCGAAGUGAUAAUAACGAUGGUUGUUUAUUUCUCCAUUGGAUCUAUUGCAAUCAUUGCCUUCUUCGUCGACUUGAUUUUAAAUGCUGUAGAUUUCACGAUGAAGGGGGACUCUCAGAUGUUGAAGUUUAUAAAGGAGUUAUACCAAAAGCAGAUUCCAAAAACUAAUGCAGGAAUGAUAAUACGCUUUCUUCUUUUCAUCCUUUUUGCCAGUGGUUACACACACAACACUUUUACGUAUGCCGAACACUUACACUCUGAUCGAGUUAAGUCGUCUUUUAUAACGUCAUAUUUAGCUGUUUCCAUAUUUUUCAUUUGGGCGCAAGUGAUUGUUCUUAUUUUUCUACAAUAUUAUGACAAAAAGAUCUCAAAUGGAGGAAAAGUACUGCGAAUGAUUAUCAUCAUAACAAACGCUUGUAGCUGGUUAAAUGCUUACUUUUUUGAGUCUUCUGAAAUAUUUGAAAGACACGACAUCAAUGAAAACAAAACUGUUUCGAGCAAUCUUACCGAGGACAAAUGCUUUGAAAAUGCAGAUAUCGUGGAAGUUAUAUUUGCACCCGUUACAAUUGAAUAUACAAUGAUGGCUAUCGGGUUCCUUUUCCCAGUGGCUUUGGAAGAUGUCAGAUACAGUCGAAGCUGGAAGAUGACCGUCCUGAUCAGUGCAUUUCUGAUCAUUUAUGAGGCUGGUGUGCUCGUAUUUUCCUUGCAAGUGGUUUUGAAAUGUACCUUUAUUGAUGAUUCGAAUGGUGUUCCUCUUGAAUUUACAUUUUAUGUAGUCCUCGUUGCAAUUCUAUUUGCGGCAAUGAUCGGGCUUCUUAUUGCUUGUAUUAUUUUAAAACGCAUGUCCAAGUUGAAGAGAUCUAACGAUCAUAGCAUACAUAUUGAAAAUUUUACGUUGUUGGUAACUGCUUUUGGAAACAAUCUAUACCAUCUUCUGAACGCAAUUGCAGUAGUUGAGCUUGAAUCAAUUUCGUUGACACAUAAAACGAUUACAUUUGGUCAAAAUAUCCUUGGACUAAGUCUUGCGUUUUUGCAAACCUGGUUUCUGUUGGCAAUCAACAGAUACGAGGUAACAAAUGAGCAGGUGCACAACAUUAGUAGAGAUAGUGGAUGUACCUGCCACGCUAAAAACAGCCUGAAACACAGCUGUUUCGCUCUUGCUGUUAUGAAUUUCGGUCUAUGGAUGUACGGGAGCAUUGCUGAGAUCCGAGAACCAGUUUUCACCUAUCUUCAACAGCAGUAUUACACUGGUCCUUCCUGGAAUGUCAUUUUAAAGAUAAUAUUUCCUCUGACCGUCUUCUAUCGUUUCCAUUCAUCGAUGGACUUUUUGAAGCUCUGGCUCCAUUUCGCAAAAGAUGAUAAGUAACGUGCUGUUUAUAAAAUGUGAUAUAGUUUGUGAUGUGAUCUUUUCUGUGAAGUAAACCUUGAUAAUGUGACCACAUAAUAACAGUUUGAGCAUGAACGUUUACGAAAAUACACAUUAUGUUUUGCUCUUAGUACUGACUAUUGACUGAUAUUUGUAGUUUUUUUGUAAUUUAUGUAUAAUUGACGUUUAGAAGAAUCUCUUCAGAAGAGUAGAAAAAGACAUUUUUCGUUAUUUAUUAAUCCGUUUGUAUCGAAGAAGUGUUUGAGCAACAUGUUUUGUCUUCUUUUGUUUGGCCUAAAACCGGCAGAAUAUAUUUUGUAUCAUUAAUGAAAUUAUAUUAUGUGGGUUUUUUUUGUACUAAAAUAAUUUGACGGUUGAAUGAUGUGAUGGUUCUAGCAAUCGAUUACACUGUUUGGAGAAUUUGAUAUCAAAUAGGAAAAUGGAAUAAUUUUCUUUACAUUUUGGUAAUUCACAGUGACAAUUUGUUAAGCAUCAUAUCUGUUUGAUUUUUGCAAUUACUAAAAUAACAUAUUAUUAUGUAUAAGCAAUCAAUAUCACCAUAGAAAGAAACUAAGUGCACUUACUCUGCAUUGCUAACCAGCAAUAUUCUUCCUCCUUCCAUUAUAUUAAUGUUUUUGAUGCUUAGGUUGUAGAAACAGUUUAAAAAUUGGGUAACCAUAAGACUAUUUUCUUUUUUUGAAAUGCAAGUAUUUUAUGAAGAUAAUUAUAUUCAGCCUAAGUUCUAAGUGUCGAGAAUUUAUACUAAUCACAUCAACGACGAUGAAAGAAGUUUUUAACUCGUUGUCAAAGUGUGAUAAAAACCACCAAAGCUAUACACAUCUUAGCAACCAUCAUAAAAAAUAUAACAUGCCUUGUAUUGUAAAAAGCUAUUUUAGACCCAAAAAUUUAUCCUUGAAUAAAACAACUGAUUGAAUAAAGUUCAAAACAAUUUAUUUUGUUGUACCUGGAUCAAGUUUUAAAAUAAGUUACACAUGUCAAAUAUCAUGCAUUUCUAAAUACUAAUCCCAUUCAUCUGCUUUUCAGCUUGGUGAAUAUUGCUAAUUUGAAAAGAUUUUCCCAACUGAUGGCUUAUUAUACCGACUGAUAAAAGACAUAUGAAGUAAAUAUUUGAACAGCAAAUUUACUUUUAUACCUUUUCCAAAAAAUAUUUAUGUAUUUUUACGUGAAUUUUAUUAAAAGAUU